GUUUAAAAUAAACAAAGAUUGAGUUGAAGGUGUUUAAAUGUUGUUGUAAUCAGUUGUUCUCUGUUUCACCAGCGUGUGGCAGACUAAAGCUUUCUCUGCUGUACAUCAUAAGAUGCAUCUACAUUUUUAUCACAGUUUUUCUUUUCUUUUUAAAGAACAUUUCCUUUGUCGUGCUCUCUUUUCUGAAGAAGACUGUGUGUGUUCUGGAUGAAAAAUGGAUUUUUCUGCCGUCUGUCAGACAAAACCUUUGUGGUCCAACAAAGAUCUGCUGAAACAUGACAGUAACUCCAACAAACACAGAUCACAAUCGCGGAUUAUAGCUUCAUCCAGCAGAAAAGGGCGUGAUUGGAGUUCUUGAAGGUCCGUGCUCCUGUCUGCGGCGUGAAGGCCGUGUAACAGGAGAGCGGGGUGGACUUUCUGCAGCUCCGCCUCCUCGGCUGGCGCUCACUGGAGGGUUUGUGUGUGUGUGGCGGCGGCUGUGCUGCACGGUGACAGCUCAGUACGCAGCUGAGGUCCUCGGCUGAGGCAGCAUGGACUUCCCCCGCGAUGCUGUCUGACACAACUGUGUGAGUUUGUUCUAGCUGUGUGUGUGUGUGUGUGCGUGUUUGCAUAGAUGCGGCGGCACAACAAUGGCUCUGAACCGAGUUUCACAACUCUGCCACGAGAUCACCAGGCUGUGGCUGCAGCUGAAGCUGAUGACAGAUGACAUCCUGCAGAAGGAGGCGGGGCCUCUGUGUGCAGCAGAAGUUGGCUCUGAACUUCAGAAACAGUUUGCCAUCCUGCCAGGGGGCCGCGGGACAAACGGCAGCCCCAUCAUCAUCUUCCCAGAGUAUCCAGACUUCAGUGAUCUGCAGGAGGAGGAGCUCCAGAAUGUGCUCAGCUACCUCACCAGCGUACCCAGCGCCGCAGCAUCAGGAGAGGGCUUCAUCCUGGUCAUCGACCGCCGACUGGACCGAUGGACCGCCGUCAGGGCCACCCUGCUCCGCAUCGCAGGUUCAUUUCCGGGUAUCUUGCACUUGGUUUUAGUGUUGCGUCCCACAACCUUUUUCCAGCGGACUAUCUCGGACCUCCAGUUAAGAUUUAUCAGGGAUGACUUCAAAAUGAAGGUGCCGGUGGUGAUGCUGAGCUCGGUAACGGAGCUCCACGCGUACAUCGACCCAGGACAGCUGACCACAGAGGUCGGUGGCACGCAGGAGUACAACCAUGACAGCUGGAUCUCACACCGGACCGCCAUCGAGGCUUUUGCCCUCAUGGUGAAGACAACAGCUCAGACCCUGCAGGCCUUUGGGACCGAACUGGCUGAGACGGAGCUGCCCAACGAUGCCGAAGCCACCACGAACCUGCUGCAGGUGCACACUUCCAAGAAAGAGCUGAUGAAGGAGGACUUGAAGGUGGCGCUGUCUCAAGGAAGGCGUCUGCUGGAGUUCAUCAACGAGCCUCUUCUGGCAGAUCCUGAAUACAGCCUGACGCAUGAUGAAAUGGAGAAUCUCGCCACAGUCCAAAGACUCAUUGGCCAGCUGGAUGAAACCGAAACGGCGUUUGAGGAUUUCUGGGAGCGCCACCGCACCAAACUGGAGCAGUGUUUGCAGCUCCGUCACUUUGAGCACCACUUUCGUGAAAUUCGGGCUCAGCUGGAUGUGAUGUUUGAGCGGUUAUCAGGUUUCUCCGAGGUCAGCGUCAGCCCUGCCCAUGCCGAACACGUCCUCCGGGAACUCGGCAACCACGAGGAGAAAGCCUUUGAAUUGCUGGAUGUUGCCCUGUCCCUGGCCAGUGAAGGAGACAGACUGAUAGAAAACUCCCACUACGCCGAGGACUCCAUCCGGCCCAAGUGCAGCGAGCUGAGAGGAGUGUGUGAGGAGAUCAGCUCCACAUUGAGGCACAAGAAGGGCCUCCUGCUCAGAGCUCUGGAGCUCCAUCAUGCUCUGGAGAAGGCGUCAGGGUGGUGCGAGGAGGGCAUCUUCCUGCUGGCUAGCCAGCCCGUGGACCGCUGCCAGUCCCAGGAUGGAGCGGAGGCGGCUUUGCAAGAACUGGAGCGAUACCUGGACACAGCAGCACUACACACUCUGACAGACUGCAGUGCCAUCUGCUGUCAGUACGAGGCGGUACUCAACGCUCAGCUCAAGGACCAGAUAGAUAAAGUUUUCCAAAAGCAAAUCUCCGUCCAGGAGAUGUUUGAGAAAAGGCGCAUCAGUCUGAAGAAACUUGCUGCCAAACAAACGAGACCAGUUCAGCCAGUAGCUCCAAGACCAGAAGUCAAGUCUCCACUUUCCUCUCCCAGUCAAGAGAGAAAAGAGAGAAGAUACUCUGCAGAUAGUGCUCUCUGUAAAAAGGGGGAGUCUCCAGUUCUUAAUGGUGGCACAAGACACGCUUCUCUUUCAGAAGAAGAGGAAAGCCUGGCAGUCCUUCGGCGUCAUGUGAUGAACGAGCUCCUAGAGACAGAGAGGGCAUACGUGGAGGAGCUUCUGUGUGUGCUGGAGGGGUACGCUGCAGAGAUGGACAACCCUGCCAUGGCCCAUCUCAUCCCCAGCACCCUCCACAGCAAAAAGGACAUUCUGUUUGGCAACAUGUCUGAAAUCUACCAGUUUCAUAAGAGGACUUUCCUUAAAGAACUGGAGACGUAUACUGACUGUCCAGAGCUGGUGGGCCGCUGCUUUUUAGAAAGGAUGAAGGAUCUGCAGAUCUACGAGGCUUACUGCCAGAACAAACCGCGCUCAGAGAGCCUGUGGAGACAGUGCUCUGACUGUGCCUUCUUCCAGGAGUGCCAGAAGAAGCUGGAACACAAACUUGGUCUGGACUCCUACCUCCUUAAACCGGUUCAGAGAAUCACCAAGUACCAGCUGCUGCUUAAAGAGUUGUUGAAGUACAGUAAGGGCUGUGAUGGCUCAGAUGACCUGCAGGAAGCUCUUUCUUCCAUCCUCGGGAUCCUGAAGGCCGUCAAUGACUCCAUGCACCUCAUCGCCAUCACAGGAUAUGAGGGUAACCUGUCAGAGCUGGGUCGCCUACUGAUGCAAGGCUCCUUCAGCGUCUGGACGGAACAUAAGAAAGGCCACGCCAAAGUGAAGGACCUCGCCAGGUUCAAGCCCAUGCAGAGACACUUGUUUCUCCAUCAGAAGGCGCUAUUGUUCUGCAAGAAGAGGGAGGAGAACGGUGAGGGCUACGAGAAGGCUCCAUCCUACAGCUUCAAACACUCUCUCAGCAUGAGCGCGGUGGGGAUCACAGAGAAUGCAAAGGGAGACAACAAAAAGUUUGAGAUUUGGUGCAAUUCCAGAGAAGAGGUUUUCAUUGUCCAGGCCCCAACACCGGAGAUCAAGACGGCAUGGGUGAACGAGAUCCGUAAGGUUCUUACUCAGCAGCUCAAAGCUUGCAGAGACGCCCGUCAGCAGAAGAGCUCAGACUCUGUGUCCCCGAGUACCACCAGCAGCAGCUCCAUCUGCCUCAGCCCGUUCCGCAGCAACGCACAGAAAAACCAGAAGAAACAGGAGGAAAAGAAGGCGGAGCCAAGCCCGAUCUCAGACACCAACGCAUGCUCCUCCCCAAAGCACAAAGAUGAAGCGGUGACCAGCCCGACCACGGACAGGUCCUCUUUGGCUAAAAAGCGUUUCACUUUGCAGGGUUUCAGCAAUCUCAAGAGUCCGAAAGCUCUGAGUCCUGAGCAAACAGCCAAACGCCACUCGGUCAAGAGUGACCCCACUCCGUUUGGCUUUAGAGGUUGGAGCAAGGCGUCUCUGUCGGUGGACGCCUCUGAGGAGAACGAUGGCUACUCCAGCGGUGAGGACCCCAUGAACUCUGACACUGAAGAGGAUGGAGUCAAGAAGCUGGCUCCAGGAAAGUACACGGUGGUAGCAGACUGCGAGAAGGCGGGCCCUCAGGAGCUUUCUGUUAAAAGUGGAGACAUGGUCCAGCUCAUCAGGGAAGGAGAGGAGGGACAAUGGUUUGUGAAAAACCUCCGCACCCACAAGGAGGGCUGGGUGGCAGCAGCCAACCUCCUCAGCCUCAUCUCAGAGUCCAAGAGCUCCCAAUCACUGAGCAGCUCAGAUGGCAGCGUCUCUGGGAACCUCAGCACGUCUUCCAGCUGCAGUGAGACCUACACCAGCUUCUCUGACAUCAAACCCUGAGGUCACCACGCCAUCUCAGUUCACAAUCAUCCUUUAUUUGUGUGGAGAGACACGCCCACUUUGUAGUUUUUCUCUCCUUUGGGGGGUCUUGGAACCCUCCUAUGGAAAAUCAUGACUUACUAUGCAUGUUAUUGGACUGUGGAGUACACUCCAGUUUGGAUUAUUUGGAUUAUUACUUUUUGUUGUGAGGUUUCUCCAAAAACCAAAAAUUUGUUUUGUUUUCAAUCUAGUUUCAUCUAAAAGUACCCAUCGAUGAGCGUUCUGUGCCAUACUGCAGCUAUGUAGCAACAAAUGGGGGAAAAAAACUGGUUCAGUCGAGGGGGUUUGAUCGCAGGGCGGCGACAGAUUCUUCUGAGACGGCCGUCGGCGUCAGACGCCGUUUGUGAAAAGUAGCAAGCCAGAGUGUGAUGGUGCAAGAAACCAGGACAAAAUCCGCCCUCUCAGACACUGGCAGCUCACACAACUGUUGAAACCUCUCCGAAUUCCUUCUACCUUCUCAGGAAUCCCGAGCUCAGCGGCCAGGUGUGCCCACAUACCUGCGCGUGCCGAGCGUGCAUUCUCCCUUCUCGCCCUGCACAGAAGUGAGCUUUGUUCUGCUCCCAGCCCUACUCAGGCAUGUGUGUUUUCCUCAAACCUGCCCCGCGCGUGCUCACCUGCAGCACAGCAUCCAUUGAAGAUAUUUUAGAGGCGGUGAGGGCAGAACUCAAACCUUUUUUUACAGUGAAUUUUAAAGACUCCACAGUGCAGGGCGUGCUUUGCAAUACUCCUCCUAAAUAAAUAGCCCUGAAACCGACCCCACCUGUUUAUUACUCACUACACCUGUCGGCAAGACUCCGCCCUAAAAGAGUCCAACUGCUCUGCAGCCCGUUUGGUGUCAAAGUGUUUGUGUUCGAUAAAUGUUACACCUGUGCAAACGUCCGUCACACUGACAAGAUCGUGUUUUUGCAAAGUCGUCAUGGUGGCAUGUUCUUCAUAGUAAAGUUUUUACACCUUUCUUUUUAACUCUCUUGUAAUAUCUGGAGAGUUUACUUCCUUCCCUGCCUCGAAAGCCGACACGGGCACUAAAGUCGUCAGCGUUUGACUGUCACAAUAAAGCUUACUGAUUCAUUUGUACUUUUGAUCCUGAGGCUGAAGAGAUAAGAAAGGGUUAUAUUUUUUAGUUUAUGCAGCACAUUGCAGCAACCACUAUCUUUAUUUUCCUAUUCUAUAUAUAUAUGUGUAUAUCUACUGAUUGUUGAAAAUUAUACUAUGAAACGCAACUGUACAUUUGUAAAUAUGUAAGUCUGACUUGUAUGUAAAAUUAAAGCAGCUUUAAUAAAGUCUGAAAUAGUUUCCUUUAUGA